AUGGACAGCCAGGGAAGGAAAGUGGUGGUUUGUGACAAUGGAACCGGGUUUGUGAAGUGCGGCUAUGCAGGCUCCAACUUCCCUGAGCACAUCUUCCCAGCAUUGGUGGGCAGACCAAUUAUCCGCUCCACAGCCAAAGUGGGCAACAUCGAGAUUAAGGACCUGAUGGUGGGGGACGAGGCGAGUGAGCUGCGCUCCAUGCUGGAGGUGAACUACCCCAUGGAGAACGGCAUCGUGAGGAACUGGGACGACAUGAAGCACCUGUGGGACUACACCUUUGGCCCCGAGAAGCUCAACAUCGACUCCAGGAACUGCAAGAUCCUGCUCACUGAGCCUCCGAUGAACCCCACCAAGAACCGUGAGAAGAUCAUCGAGGUGAUGUUUGAGACGUAUCAGUUCUCUGGGGUCUACAUUGCAAUUCAGGCUGUGUUGACGCUGUAUGCCCAAGGCCUUCUGACUGGUGUGGUGGUAGACUCUGGAGAUGGCGUGACACACAUCUGUCCGGUGUACGAGGGCUUCAGUCUGCCCCACUUAACUCGGCGCCUGGACAUCGCGGGCCGUGACAUCACCCGUUAUCUCAUCAAGCUGUUGCUGCUGCGUGGCUACGCGUUCAACCACUCUGCGGACUUCGAGACCGUGCGUAUGAUGAAGGAGAAGCUGUGCUACGUGGGCUACAACAUCGAACAGGAGCAGAAACUGGCUCUGGAGACCACAGUGCUGGUUGAGUCCUACACGCUUCCGGACGGGAGGGUGAUCAAGGUGGGCGGGGAGCGGUUCGAGGCUCCCGAAGCUCUGUUCCAGCCCCACCUCAUCAACGUAGAGGGCGUCGGCGUGGCUGAGCUGCUCUUCAACACCAUCCACGCGGCAGAUAUCGACACCAGGUCUGAGUUCUAUAAACACAUAGUCCUCUCUGGAGGCUCCACUAUGUACCCUGGUCUUCCGUCUCGACUGGAGAGAGAACUCAAACAGCUUUACCUGGAGCGGGUGCUCAAAGGCGACGUCGACAAACUCUCGAAAUUUAAGAUCCGCAUCGAGGACCCUCCGAGACGCAAACACAUGGUGUUCCUGGGAGGAGCGGUGCUGGCAGAUAUCAUGAAGGACAAAGACAACUUCUGGUUGACCCGGGAGGAGUACCAGGAGAAAGGCGUCAGGGUGCUGGAGAAACUAGGAGUCACUGUCAGAUAAAGAACCUGCUCAGACACCCCCCCCCCCCCCCACCCCCCCCCCCCACCGUACACACACACACAACCACACACGCACCCUUCUACUAGUACAACUCCUGUUCCACUUGUAUAUGUGUGUGUGUGUUUGUGUGUGUGUGUGUUAACACAGAAUGAUAACUAGAAGGGUCCACUCACAACACACACAUACCCACCCCCCCCAUCCACCAUCUUCCUGCCACUUCCUCUGCCUCACCCCAACAGACUCACCCCAUCACGGUCUAGAUCAGUAGUCUGGUGAGAAACACGACUUUUAACACCGUGGUGAAAACAAUAUGGUGGAGAACUUAGUCAAAGACAGAAGCCAGAAAGGAUGUAGAUUACACAAAGGAGACGAGGGAAGGAACAUCACUAGUAUAUUAAGAUUCACAUGUAAAAACGGUUAAACCUCAUCUCUUUGCGGAUUGGCAAGUUAGAAGCUGUCCCUGGUAAAAAAAUAAAUAGGAUCAUACAUUAGUUCAAUUCAGUAAUAGUUAAAUUAUGCAAGAUUUGGUUGAUUGGGCAGGUUUUCCAUUCUGUUCGGUGUUUAAUUUAAAGGAAGUUAAGGUAUUUACUGCAGAGAUUGCUAACUUCUGUUACUAAAGAUAUUCAGUUAAUGCUGAUCAGGACAUUUCUUCAAACUGCGUUCAGAAAUAUAAAAGUGGUACCUAUCAGUUCACCUGACUGGUUAAGUAAUAAAAGAGUUGCCUAAAUCUGGCUCUAGAUUUAGAGAAAUCUGAUCUUAGAUCUGGUGUCAGUUACAGACGUCUUCUAUUAUAUUAAGCACUCUAGGAUGUCUCAAUCAGGAUCUCCUGCAGCCAUAGGCCAGUCCCUUUAUAGAUACACCUCUUAAUCCAAUUGUUGACAACUGAUCAUGUUUCUGUCGUUAUUUUUUUUUUAUAUCAUGAUUUAUUAAUUUCUCUUCUUGGGAGAGGGACGUCUAACUUUGUUUUCUUCUAUUGGAUGGAAGUUGUUUACUAUUUUUUUUUUAAUUAUAUAUAUAUAGUUUCUAGGGUCUUUUGCAGUGCACUACCUUCAUUUAAAAUGGAGUACACAGUAUGUCACAAAUAUUCCUCCUUUUAAUGAAGAAUUGAUGAUGAUGAUGAUGAUGACGGUAUGGGACAUGACCUGUGACCUUAACAUCAUCCACGGUACAAAUUUGAGGGUUCAGGGUUGAGGUUAGUGGGAGGGUUAUUCUGGAAGGUUCUGCUGUCGGCUGACUUCCUAGCACCCCAUAAUGUAGUUAUGCUGCCCAAAGCCACCAGUGGUUACCAGUGGUUACCAGUGGUUACCAGUGGUUACCAGUGGUUACCAGUGGUUACCAGUGGUUACCAGUGGUUACCAGUGGUUACCAGUGGUUACCAGUGGUUACCAGUGGUUACCAGUGGACUGGGACGCUUUAUCCUUUGGGAUCAGUUGCUCAAACUAGAUUCAAUUGAAGCCUACUCUUUAAAAAAAAAAAAAAAACAUGUUAUUAAUGGAGGUUUUCACCCAUAUGGUUUGUUUAGUCCAGGACCAGGCUUCAUCUGUUUCUGGUAAACGUCCCAGUCUGUGGACAAACUGAUAGGUUGGACGCCAUUGGUCGGCCUGGCAGGUGCCUGCAGUGUAUUCUUGCUGGAACGUGCCCACUGACAUGGAGACUAGUAAAAUGCUGGUUUUUAGCUGCUCUACUUCAGCUCUCCCCAUGUCAGCUAUGUUGGAGGCACUUUCUUCCCUAAGCAUAAAUACAGUAUAUAUUUUUUUUCCUCCAUAAUUGUUCAGUGCCAAGCGCAGUUACUGUUAGCUGGAUCUUUCAUGUUUUUAUUUCACGUUUCUGUCCACUGUCUUUUGUUUUAUAUCUUCUUGUAUUGUUCAAUGCAUAACUGUCUAACGGCGCUGAUUUAAAUAAAGUGAUUUAUAAUUAUGUU